CUCCGGACGCGCAGGCUCAGCGGCCAUGGCUCACAGGCCCAGCCGCUCCGCGGCAUGUGGGAUCCUCCCAGACCGGGGCGUGAACCCGGUUCCCCUGCAUCGGCAGGCGGACACGCAACCACUGCGCCACCAGGGAAGCCCGACAUUAAAAUACAUAUCAAAAACACCAUGCAGGCACCAGAGUCCUGAGAUUGUGAGAGAAUUUCUCACAGCAGUGAAAAGCCACAAGUUAACCAAAGCUGAAAAGCUUCAGCUGUUGAAUCACAGGCCAGUGACUGCUGUUGAGAUCCAGCUGAUGGUGGAGGAGAGUGAAGAACGGCUGACAGAGGAGCAGAUAGAAGCUCUGCUCCACACCGUCACGAGCAUCCUCCCUGCGGGGCCAGAGGCUGAGCAGAAGCAAAAUACCAACGAUGACGUGACAGUGGACGAAGAGGACCUGGCAUAGAAGAGCACAGCCGGCCCAAGUGUCUCGUGAAGUUGAAAGGCCCAGCAGCCACUUCCCAGACAUUCAGAGGAUUAUUUAUUUGGUUUUACCUUCUAUCCCAACAGGCCUGAUUUCCUGGUUAGUUGGGUAAACCACAAAAAUAAGCCUUUCUCAAAAAUAAGCUAAAAAGAAAUCCUUGUGCCUCUGAAAGAAGAAACAGGGUGGAUAGGCUGAGGUUGUCGGGGCAGAGAGCUAAAGAGAGGAAGAGUGAGUCCAAGAGGACAAUACUGUGGGACUCUCUGUGGUAAAAAUAUGUUUUCUGUGGCCUCUGCCAUGGUUGUGGGAAGGUCCCUGUACACAGCUGGUAAAAUACUUGCACUGGCUUUGAUGGGCCAUAUCCUAAUUAAUUUUAUCUGCUUCCCCAGGAGCUUCCCAAGCAGGCAUGCAGAGCGCUGCCAGGAUGAGAGCUGAGUUACGAGAAUCCUGUUAGAUGGCUAAAAACUCCCGAAGCAGCAAAUAGUUGCUCUAAGUUAAAAUGAGCCGCUGAACUUGGCUCACCUUAGAAGAAUCUUUCCCUUGAGAACAGAAGAGAUAAGAGAAUGCCCGGACAACUCUUCAUCAGGUCUAAAGGCCCCUUUCCUCUGCUGGCAUGGGCUUUGUUUACAGCUCACUAAUAAGUCUUAAAUGUUAGGGCACCAGCUCACUCCAGUUGAAAAGAGGCACUCCAGACUGAAUGACCGUGUCACCUGCCUUUCUGAAUACCUUCCGUUUCCUGCCCUGUGACAGGCUCUGCCUGUUGAAGCCAGGUGAGCUUCGUUGGCACAAUGGGCAAAUUGUUCUCAUCUUUUAAAAAGGGCGAUUCCCUGGGGUUCCAGUGGUUAGGACUCUGCACUUUCACUGCUGAGGGCGUGGGUUCAAUCCCUGGAAAAAACCCAAAAAUGAAGAGGGUACAGUUAUGUAGCUCUUUUUGUGGAUGGAAUAUGAAGAGCUAGAGGUUAAUUAAUAAGAAUUUGAAUUUGUUGACUGUUGUAUCAGUUUUUGAAUUUAAAAUAUUAGAAUAAUUACCAUGUGAAGAACUUGUUAAUAUUCAGGCUUUGGAGAGUUUAGUAGCCCCAGACAUGUAGUUGCCUUAGAUCCUAGGAAUAUUGUUAAAAAUUAAUUUCCCAUAUUCACUCUGCUCCCUAUUUGGGGAAGAAAAUGCCUAUAGACAUUAAUUUUUCAAAUUGGUACUCGUGUUGUAAGAUCACUUUUUCAGUGCUUCUGUUAAUUGGAUUACUUCCCACCCCUUGGAAUUCCCAGGUUAUUUCAGCCUCCCCACCACCCCUGCCAAUAGGCAGUUAUGUUCAUCUUAACCUUAUCAUCUAAAGAUCAGUUGAGAUCUGCUUACAGGCAACAUUGAAAUUAACAGGGCAUUUAUUUUUUAUUUUUUUAAAUUAAUUUUUAUUGGAGUAUGUUUGCUUUACAAUGUUGUGUUAGCCUCCACUGCACAACAAAAUGAAUCAGCCAUACACAUACAGGGCAUUUAUUUUUUUAUUUUUAUUUUUAUUUUUCACUGCAGAAAGAAUUCAGUGAGAGACAAAGUGAUAGGUAAGAAGUGGAUUUAUUUAGAGAGAAACACACUCCACAGACAGAGUAUGGGUCAUCUCAGAAGGUGAUAAAGGCCCAGGGCAUUUAUUUUUAAAUCUCUCUUUUGAGUAUCAGGAAUUUUACCAGGAGCUGUUGAUUUGUCAAGGCAUGCAUGUGCUUGUAUUAUUUUUGUUUCAUUUUGACCUUGAGUGUGUUAGGUACUUUUUCUUCCUGGAUUUAGGGCUUCAUUAGUUAAUAAUAAAUUGUUUGCAGAUGACUGCCAACUUGUGCUAUUUUUAUAAAUCUUUGAAGAGUUUGUUUUGCCAUGGAUAGGAAGAAAUAAAAUGAAAUCUGACUUAAAAGCUAA